CGGACCCGGUCGACAUGUCGGGGUUCAGUCCGGAGCUCAUCGACUACUUGGAAGGGAAAAUCUCCUUUGAGGAGUUCGAAGGGCGGAGGGAAGAGAGAAAAGCCCGCGAGAAGAAAGAAAAAAGGAAGUUAGCCGCUGAAGAAAAUGCAAAUGAUUCUGAAGGUCCAUCAUCAUCGGGAAUUGAUUCUGCCAAGUCCCAAAACAAAGAUGUCAAUGAAGGAGAAACAUCGGAUGGCGUGAGUAAGUCAGUUCACAAGGUCUUUGCUUCCAUGCUUGGAGAAAAUGAGGAUGAUGAGGACGAAGACUAUGAAGAGGAAGAGGAAGAAGAAACAUCUGAACAACCCACUGCAGGCGAUGUAUUUGUAUUGGAGAUGGUUCUUAAUCGUGAAACCAAGAAAAUGAUGAAAGAGAAAAGGCCCCGGAGUAAACUCCCCAGAGCCCUGAGAGGUCUCAUGGGUGAAGCCAACAUUCGCUUUGCUCGAGGGGAGCGUGAAGAAGCCAUAGUGAUGUGCAUGGAAAUCAUCAGACAAGCUCCUCUGGCUUAUGAGCCAUUCUCAACUCUUGCCAUGAUAUAUGAAGAUCAAGGUGACAUGGAGAAAUCAUUACAGUUUGAGUUGAUUGCUGCACAUUUAAAUCCUAGUGACACAGAAGAAUGGGUUAGAUUGGCAGAAAUGUCUCUGGAACAAGAUAACAUUAAGCAGGCGAUUUUUUGUUACUCAAAAGCCCUUAAGUAUGAACCUACUAAUGUCCGUUAUCUGUGGGAGCGAUCAAGCCUCUAUGAGCAGAUGGGGGAUCAUAAAAUGGCAAUGGAUGGUUAUAGGCGUAUUCUAAACUUUUUGUCUCCAUCUGAUGGAGAACGUUUUAUGCAAUUGGCUAGAGAUAUGGCAAAGAGUUACUAUGAAGCCAAUGAUGUCACUUCAGCUAUUAACAUUAUUGAAGAGGCUUUCUCAAAACAUCAAAGCCUAGUCUCCAUGGAAGAUGUUAACAUAGCAGCUGAACUCUUCAUUUCUAACAAACAAUAUGACAGAGCUCUGGAGAUAAUUACUGAUUUUUCUGGAAUUGAGCUGUUGAAAAGAACCACAGAAGAUGGCUCCAUGGAAGAAAAUAAAGAUGGCGAGAGCGUUUCUUGCAGUAUACCUGAUGGGGUGCCCAUAGAUAUCACAGUGAAAUUGAUGGUCUGCCUCGUUCAUCUCAACAUCCUGGAACCACUUAAUCCUCUCUUGACAACGCUAGUGGAACAGAAUCCGGAAGAUAUGGGGGACCUCUAUCUAGAUGUUGCCGAAGCUUUUCUGGAUGUUGGUGAAUACAGUUCUGCCCUUCCCCUUCUCAGUGCACUAGUCUGCUCAGAGAGAUACAACCUUGCAGUGGUCUGGCUUCGGCACGCAGAAUGUUUAAAGGCCUUAGGCUAUAUGGAACGUGCUGCUGAAAGCUAUGGCAAAGUGGUGGAUCUGGCUCCCCUCCAUUUGGAUGCUAGGAUUUCACUGUCUACCCUUCAGCAGCAGCUGGGUCAUCCCGAGAAAGCUCUGGAAGCUCUGGAGCCAAUGUAUGAUCCAGAUACUUUAGCCCAGGAUGCAAAUGCUGCACAGCAGGAACUGAAACUACUGCUUCACCGCUCUACACUGUUGUUUUCACAAGGCAAAAUGUAUGGCUAUGUGGAUACCUUACUUACCAUGUUAGCCAUGCUUUUAAAGGUAGCAAUGAACAGAGCACAAGUCUGUCUGAUAUCCAGUUCUAAAUCCGGAGAAAGGCAUCUGUACCUGAUUAAAGUGUCAAGAGACAAAAUAUCAGACAACAGUGACCAAGAGACAGCAAAUGGUGAUGCAAAAGCAAUAUUUGCUGUACUCACAAGUGUCUUGACAAAAGAUGACUGGUGGAACCUUUUAUUGAAGGCAAUAUACUCCUUAUGUGAUCUAUCCCGAUAUGAAGAGGCAGAGUUACUUGUGGAUUCAUCUUUGGAGUAUUACUCAUUUUAUGAUGAUAGACAGAAGCGCAAAGAACUGGAAUACUUUGGUCUCUCUGCUGCAAUUCUGGACAGAAAUUUCAGAAAGGCGUACAACUAUAUCAGGAUAAUGGUAAUGGAAAAUGUCAACAAGCCCCACUUGUGGAACAUUUUCAAUCAGGUCACCAUGCACUCCCAAGAUGUGCGGCAUCAUCGCUUCUGCCUCCGUUUAAUGUUGAAAAACCCAGAAAACCAUGCCCUCUGUGUCUUAAAUGGGCACAAUGCAUUCGUGUCUGGUAGCUUUAAACACGCACUUGGACAGUACGUUCAAGCGUUUCGCACCCGCCCCCACGAGCCUCUCUAUAGCCUCUGUAUAGGCCUAACCUUUGUCCACAUGGCAUCUCAGAAGUAUGUGCUAAGGAGACACGCGCUUAUUGUGCAGGGCUUUUCCUUUCUUAAUCGAUACCUAAAUCUACGUGGGCCUUGCCAGGAAUCGUUUUAUAAUUUGGGCCGUGGCCUGCACCAGCUGGGGCUGAUUCAUCUUUCAAUCCACUAUUAUCAGAAGGCCCUGGAGCUCCCUCCACUGGUGGUAGAGGGUAUAGAAGUUGACCAGCUAGACUUGCGAAGAGAUAUUGCCUACAACUUGUCUCUCAUCUAUCAGAGCAGUGGGAACAUUGCAAUGGCCCAGAAGCUUCUGUAUACCUAUGUCUGCAUAUGAAGAAGCUCAUCUGAAAAGGGCCCUUUGCAAUGGCUGUGUACGGACCAAAAUCUUCAUGGCGUCUGUUAGCUCCCAGAGUGGAAGUAAUAAUCCUAGAAUUAUCUCACAGUGUAUUUGUUUUUGUCGUAUGUGAUAACAACAUUUUGGUGUCUGUAUAAACUUUUUGUUCCUGUAGGAAUUUGUAUAUUGUCCUGUCAUUACCCUUUUGCAUUCUUUGAAAUAUUCCUAAAAGAUGAACUAGGUAAUAGUAGUUUUUUAGUAGCUUGCAACUGAACAUAAUAUAUAUGUAAGGUUUUUUCUAUUUUUUCGUAUCACUUAUUCAUCUGUGCAUUUAAUGCUUUAUAUCACGCGCCGCCUCCUGUCUGCCGGGCAUCGUGGGAGGUGUCGGGUUGCGUUGAUUAAGAGAGCAGCCGUGAUCUCUGUGCUCAUGGCCUCCGCACAGUCCAUCACCACUCCUGAAGGAGGUGAUUGCCUCUCCUGUAGUUCUGUAAAUAAAGGGUAUGAAAUGAAGUUUGCUUUUAGUUCCUCGUACAUUAUAAUGGUUGUCAGUUAUCCAUAUCUUAGUGACCUAUUAUUUUUGCAUGGAGCAAUUUUUCAAAUACCAUGGAAAAGGAGAUUUCCUUGUUAAAAGAAAGAUAAAUUGAGGUGCUUUUGCAUGUAUCUUAGCUUCUUAGACUGAGCGGGGAAGGCGGGGGAGGGGGCUAGGCUUAAUCCAGAACAUACUGCUCCAAGAAAACAAAAGGUGUACUAUAUUUUUGACUCUCUGCAAAGGCAAUAGAGAGACUGUCAUGAGUAGCAUAAUGGCUUCAAAAUCACUAGGACUGUAGUGGAAUAUAUUGCUGGUAACAUAAUAAUUAGAUAAACACUAUUUACUCAUCUCAACAUACUGUGUUUUUGAAUCUAAGAUGACAAAUACUUGUUAGAUAUGUGGUUGGCUUAAAAACGUUUUUGUGGGAAAUGCUGUAAUAAAUAGUCACGUGGAUUGUAGGAGCAUUCGGGUUGUGGGAGGGAAGCCAGUAGGGGAUUUAGGAUUAACGCAGAACAGUGGGCAGCUGGGGAGCCCUCUACAUAACUCUGUCGUCCACUAGUGGGAUUUCUAUUUAGUCAAUCCUCCAUGUCAUCUGUGUGAUUUUAAUAAAUGUUAUUUUUAUAAUUCA